AACAACCAAAUACAAUUAUUGAAUUAAGGUCGGCCCUGCAGCUAAUCUACCCAAUAGAAUAUGAAAUUGGAGAUCGGGAAUUUCGAGCCUGGAAAGCAAUGCUAAAAAAUGUUGGUUGUUCUGAUAUUACCCAUAUGAAAAAGAUCAGUCAAAAUGAUAGAAGUUCUUUGUCUACAUUAUACGAUCUUGGAUUUGUUACAUCAGAUAUUAAGAAUGCAAUCAAAGGAAUUAAAGGGACUUCUGUUGCAAAUCUGAAUCCUAUUUGGGACAGAGGUAGUGGUAAUAAUACAUUACCUGAAAAUUCUAACUGGUUUAAGUGGCAAUGGCCAACAACGAGCAAAUUUUCCGGAUGUAUUAAAGUACGGGAUAUUCCUGGUAUAGGUAAAUGGAAAAUUUUUACUAUAGCAGAAUUAGAUAAAUUUUGCAAAAAAGACAUUCAUAAGCCCACACCACAAGUAUCGACACAUACUACACCUUCAUCAAAAUGGGAAAUGCUAAUGCCAAAUUCAUCACGUCUUAUUCCGAGUCGUCUUACAAGAGAAAGUCUAGUGAAAGAAUUAGAAAAACGAAACUUUAGGUUCAAUAAUAAAGAAAAUAAAGAUCAAUUGAUAAAUUUACUAGAAAACCAAUUGGUGGAAGAUACGAAGAAGGCAAAAAUAGCUCAUAACCAAACAAAUAAUAUAUCUAACAAAGAGAAUCGUCAUAUUUUCGAAGUAGACAAGUUUCCUCUAAAUUCGGGUUGGUCUCUUAAGGCAAAUCAAAAGUUUGGAUGA